CUCCUCCUCUUCCUCCUCCUCUUCCAUCCUUCGGCUGCAGGCGAGGAGCUCUCGGUGCCCCCCAGUGUGUCCAUCUCGCUGGAACCCUCGAGCUCCAGCCUGGCCCCAGCCGCCUGCUCUGCUCCGUGAUGGAUUUCCACCCUGCCCACACCCAGCUAAGUUGGUUCCAGGGCCAGCAGGAGCUCUCUGUGGUGGCCACCGAUGUGGUCCCCAAUGGAGACUGGACCCACCAGCUCCUCAUGUUGCUGGAAACCCACCCCCCAGCAUGGGGUCACCUGCAGCUGCCAGCUCCUGAGCCGCUGGUGGCCGCAGCUGCUCCCCGUGGUCUUGGGCCCAGCCGGGACCCCCCGCUCCGUCCCCACGAUGAUUUUGGGGGGGUCGUGUGUGUCCCCAGCCCUGCUGUCACUCUGCCCCUGCCCGCCUGCUCCCAGUGUUCCCAAUAAAGCUUCCCAGUUAAA